AGCCGCGGGUCCAGCAGAAGAGACCCUAGGAGAGUGGGCGUUAGUCACGCGCCGGUCGCUUGUGGUCUCUGGGAGGACGUUAGUCCUCCAGCGACUGUGAAAGCGCAAGGGCGAGGUCAGCAUUUUUAAAGGAUUGGGUUAAAACAGCACUGGCCAGGUCUGUAGUUACUGCAACAACGUGGUCACUCGCCAGUUUCAGGAAGCCAGAAGCUCCCUGGAGGAUGAAUUAAGGGAAUAGGAGGCAGAGCCACCAGCAUGGAGAGAUAUUUGCCAGUUUCGAAGAAGCGCAGCUCAUCCUCCUCUUUUGAAAAGAUAACCAGCCCAGCAAAUGGGAAUGAGAAUCUUGACUCAGAGGAGGAUAGCAGCCUGGAGGAAAAUGACUUCAGCUGGGGAGACUAUUUGGAAGAGACAGGUACCCGAGCGGUGCCACACGUGUCCUUCAGACAUGUGGAGAUCAGCAUUCGGAGUAACUUCCAGCCAGGAAUGAAGUUGGAGGUGGCCAAUAAGAACAAUCCAGACACUUACUGGGUGGCCACGAUCAUCACCACUUGUGGACAGCUGCUGCUCCUGCGAUACUGUGGUUAUGGGGAGGACCGAAGGGCUGACUUCUGGUGUGAUGUGAUCAUAGCAGAUCUGCACCCUGUGGGGUGGUGUACUCAGAACAACAAGGUGUUGAGACCCCCGGAUGCUAUCAAAGAGAAGUAUGCAGACUGGACAGAAUUCCUCAUCCAUGAAUUGACUGGUUCUCGGACAGCCCCUGCAAACCUUCUGGAAGGUCCUCUGCGAGGGAAAAGCCCCAUAGACCUCAUAUCAGUUGAUUCCUUAAUAGAGCUGCAGGACUCCCAGAACCCCUUUCAGUACUGGAUAGUUAGAGUGAUUGAAAAUGUCGGAGGAAGAUUACGCCUUCGCUAUGUGGGACUGGAGCACACGGAAUCCUAUGACCGGUGGUUAUUUUACUUGGACUACAGACUUCGACCAAUUGGUUGGUGUCAAGAAAAUAAAUACAGAAUGGAUCCACCUUCAGAACAUUAUUAUCUGAAGUUGCCUUUUGAAUGGAAAUGUGCUCUGGAAAAAGCCCUAAUUCUUGCUGCAGAGUCUCCUCUUCCAAUGGAAGUAUUUAAGGACCAUGCAGACUUGCAAAGCCAUUUCUUUACAGUUGGGAUGCGACUGGAGACAUUGCAUAUAAGUGAUCCUUUUCAUAUCUACCCUGCAUCAGUGACCAAGGUUUUUAAUAGUCAAUUUUUCCAAGUGGCCAUUGAUGACCUAAGACCUGAAGCUAAUAGACUCACAAUGCUGUGCCAUGCAGAUUCUUUGGGGAUUUUGCCAGUACAGUGGUGCCUUAAAAAUGGAGUCAACCUCGCUCCUCCCAAAGGUUACUCAGGCCAGGAUUUUAACUGGGUGGAUUAUCACAAGCAGCGCCAGGCAGAAGAAGCACCUCCUUUCUGCUUUAAAAACGCACUUUCUCGGGGCUUCUCAAAGAACAUGAAGCUUGAAGCUGUGAACCCCAGGAAUCCAGGAGAGGUGUGCGUGGCCACUGUGGUCAAUGUGAAAGGGCGGAUGUUAUGGCUUCAUUUAGAAGGUCUGGAGACCCCAAUGCCAGAAGUCAUUGUGGAUAUGGAUUCCAUGGACAUCUUCCCUGUGGGCUGGUGCGAAGCAAAUUCUUACCCUUUGACCACACCAUACAAAGCAUCCUCAAGAAGCAAAAGAAAGGCUGUCCUUGUAGAGACAGAAAAACAAUUAUUAUCCCCAGUGCCUGUUGAGAAAAUACCUCAUGAGCUUUGCUUGCUGUCGCGGAUGGAGAGUCCAGUAGGAGCCAUCAAUGCGAAGUACUGCUGCCCGCAGCUGUUCGUCAACCACCGGUGUUUCUCAGGCCCGUACUUGAACAAAGGAAGGAUUUCAGAGCUACCUCAGUCCGUGGGACCUGGCCUGUGUGUGCUGGUGCUUAAAGAGAUUCUUACCAUGAUCACCAAUGCAGCCUACAAGCCCGGGAGGGUACUGAGAGAACUACAGCUGGUGGAAGAUCCAGAGUGGAAUUCCCAGGAGGAGAUACUCAAGGCAAAAUACGGAGGCAGAACAUACAGGGCUGUGGUCAAGAUCGUGCGGACAGCAGACCAAGUGUUGAAUUUCUGUCGGCAAGUUUGUGCCAAGCUGGAGUGCUGUCCGAACUUAUUGAGCCCUGUGUUGCUCUCUGAAGCCUGCCCAGAGAACUGUUCCAUCUACACCAAAACCAAAUACGCCUAUUAUUAUGGGAGAAAAAAGAGGGUCAUUCAGACGUCACUUGCAUUCAGCAACACCAACAAUACACCAAAACCACCGGGCAGGAGACGGAAACGACGGAAAACAGUCUAUGUACAGAAGAGACAGAAAUCUGCUGCGGACAGCCCAGAGAGCAGCCCAGAGGGGCUCCCAGUGGGCACCCCAGUGGGCAUCCCAGCAGGCAUCCCAGCGGGCAUCCCAGCGGACAUCCCAGCAGGCAUCCCAGCGGCCGUCCCAGCAGGCAUCCCAGCAGGCAUCCCAGCGGGCAUCUCAGAGGGCAUCCCAGAGAGCUUGGCCCAGAAAACUGAAGAGAAGGAUCCAGAAGCCCCGGACACUGCAAGUGAGAAAACUGGCUGCAAGGCUCUAGAUAACCAGACAAAUGCUUCAGCAGCAGAGGUGCCCUCUGCCCGGCCACGGAGGGCUGUGACCCUGAAGAGGAAUUCAGAGGCUUCGAAGCGGCCUCCAGUGGAAAGGGCACGGAGGGUUCGCUCAGUGCCAGCUACUGCUUCUUCUAAUAACAGAGUCAAGGGUCCACUUGUUAGGAUUGUGAAAUCAGAGGAUUCAAGCCAAGCAGAGGAGGAGAGAUUGAUUCUUGAGAGCAAUCCCUUGGAGUGGUCGGUGACGGAUGUGGUACGAUUCAUUAAGCUGACUGACUGUGCACCUUUGGCCAGAAUUUUUCAGGAGCAGGACAUCGAUGGCCAGGCACUCCUCCUGCUGACUCUCCCCACAGUGCAGGAGUGCAUGGAGCUGAAGCUGGGACCUGCUAUCAAGUUAUGCCAUCAGAUUGAGAGAGUGAAGGUGGCUUUCUAUGCCCAGUAUGCCAGCUAACCCACCCUUCUUGGCAGGUGUCGCCUGAUUCUGAUAAUGCUGUGUUUGUUGGAAAGGUUUCCAGGACUGAGACCUUGAUUUCCUGGGCUUUGUGAAAUGGCACAAUCAUUGGUGAUCUCCAAAAAGCCAGAAGCCCAGGACCUCCUUUUUGCACCAGCCUAUUUGAUAGUCCUAUAUUUUUAAAGCACAUGGAAGGAGCACCAGCAGCUCUGAGAGUAUUGUGAAAGUUCUGAGACAGACCUUCCCUGGCUCAGGACCUCCCAGUUUCCUUUUUUUUUCCCCACUCAAACCAGGCAGUUUCCUGGAAUCCAGGUUUUCUUACACUGAGGUCUAGGAUCUUGGGAAACUCAGACAGAUUGAGUGUAUCUGCUCAGAAUACCUGUUCGUCUUGCUGCCUCUUUUGUCUGUCUCAGUCUCAAGCCCUCCUACAGCUCUGCCACACACAUGCAGGCUACUGUGCUUUAGAGUCUCCUCCUGUCCCGUUUGAGCUCCACUCUCCCACACAACGCUGGGCUCUGUUCAGCUCCACCCAUCCCCUGUCAGAGGUGCCUUUUCACUCGUAUGGCAGCUUACCGUGAGACAGCUACCAUGUAAGCAAAGCCUAGAUCAUUUGCAUUAGCAAACACUCUCUGUAGUCUCCUGCAGAACGAUAGCUUCAAUGUUCUAAGAUCACUGUGACCGGUCAGGAGGAGGCUGCUUUAGGGAAGUAUCAAAUUCUGUAUUGAAGAAAAGUUUUCAGGAGGCAAGUAUAGGAAAAGAUUUUGUGGGAAGAGUUUUUUUUUGUUGUUGUUGUUGUUUGUUUUGUUUUGUUUUGUUUUGUGAACUAGCUGUUUGAGUUUAGAAUGUUAACACAGAUGGUCACUGAAAGCAAAUCCUUCUGAGCUUCUCUUCUGCUAGUGCCUGGCUUGCCACGUGGAAAGCAAGCACAAGAGAGCAGUAUUCCAUAGCAUAAGAUAGCAGAGCAAAUACUGGAUCUGGAUCCAGUCGGUUUCUCUCCAUUGGCUAAUGGCCAACUUCAUGUCCUUGGCUAACCUGCCACCACCCUGGAUCUAAGUUCCCAUGGAGGGGAAAGUUAGGACAUUUAGUAGUGAGGCACUGAGCACGCCCUCUCCCUUCUGCUGCUAGAGAGGAGCGUAGGUAGAGCACAAUGAGAAAAAGAAUGUGGCCACAGAAUUUAACCCCCAGUUUCUCCCUUUUACUCUCUUUGGCACUGCUUAUAAAAUUUCACUAAGUCAUUUGUAGAUUAAUCAGUGAUUGUAAAAUUUGGCUGAUUCUCAGCACUUAUCUGUGUUUUCUUAUGAGCAAUUCAACAUGUACUUGAGAACCCAAAGGGGCUGAGGUACAUUAGAACGUGGAGGUCACCUCCAUGUUUUUUGAAAACUGGCCAAGAAACCAAACUUUCUCUCUGCUUAGAAGUGCCUCACUCUGGAAGCUUAACUUCCCACCUAUCUGGGCCUUACUGGUUUAAUUUAUGAUUUUCCAUAUUUUGUCAUAAUUAUGUUCAUCUUUUUUCCUUGACUAGAAUCACAACUGUUCCAGAGCACGGUAUAACAAGCUGAUAACAGCUUGUAUUUUGGCAGCGUUUUAAAGCAUGGUAGUCCGUCAGGCUUUAAAAACUCUGGUUGCCUCUCUUAGUUACCCAUUCCCAACAGUAGACCAUGGUUGCAGAUGGAAUUGGAAACUGAAUUAUUUGUGGCUGAGACUCUACUCUUCCCUGAGGCUGGCUCUCCACGGUCAAGCUAUAGACCUUUGGUGAAUGGGUAUGCCCUGGGACAACUGGUGCUUAGACUGUGUCCUGUGUGGAGCUGUAAGGAUGAAGCUGCCCCUGACAGGGUCUGUGUGGUUGGCUUGCUUUUGGAUUUCUCUCUUCUAAGCUACAUGUUGAACCUUCCUGUCUUCAUCUGCCUUCUCAGCCACCUGCUUUGGCCAUAAAUACUCAAUCUAUCAGUUCAAGAGGGUAUCUAUUUCAAGAUGGGUUGGCACUGUACUGACUCCUUCUUGAUCCUUCACUGUGGUCUUUACAAGAUGAGCUGUUUCUUUUGCAUCUGAAAUGAGAUGUGGCUAUGGCAUUGCUAGAACAUGGUAUGCUUUCAGAACAAAUGUGGCCUUCUCAUGCCAUUUCCAGUAAUGAUACAGAGGAGGAGAUACAUGCCUCAGAACAUGGGGAUUUCCUAGAAGUCUGUUGAGCCCACAGAAAGAGCCAGAAAAGCACUAACAAAAAAGCCUGUCAGGACAUGUCCACCAUGGUCAGAAACCCUUCUUUCUGCAGAACCAAACAUCCCAGCCUCUCCUCAUGCUGUGUAGGGUCAUUCUCUCUCUGCACAGUGUUGGUUCCUUCAGCCCCAUCUUUGGCUUUAGCAAGGACAAGAUGACAGUAAUCUUACACCACCAGUGCCCAACCAAGGGCCACUGUCAUCAACAUGCAAAUCGUCCCCCUGCCCCCAGUAGAGUAGACUUGAGUAUUUUGAUGACCAAAGAGGAUGAUUUUCCUCAGAGAGAAGGGCCAGUGUCCUCUAGAGCUCUGAUCCAGGAUGGUGUGAUCACGUGUGGAAUGUAAUUUUGCCACCAGAUUGUAAUGUGGGUUUUGUUUCUCUCUAGAUUUGCCUCUUACUGCUUUUUGUCUGAAACAUAGAGUUGAUUUCCAAGAACAACUGGGAAGAAAUAAAUGGAUUUUUAUACACAUACACCAAAAAUAUUUUGCCCUAAAUACCGUUCCUUCCUGGAUGGUUUUAUUUCCUAAUCUCUCUGAUUAUCUUCUGGGACCAACAUCCUUUCCUCCAUAUACCUACAGCUUGGGUGCAUCACUCCAUUCAUGGCCUCCUGUAGCCAAGUGAGCAGACAUCAUCCAGGACGUGCCAUGUGACUAAGGAAUGGAAGUGCCACCUUAACUCAAAUAAUCACAGUCUGUUAUUUAUGCCCACCUUAAAAUGUAGGGAGUUUCUUUGAGCCCCCAGUUUCUGGAGUAUAUUUGUACCAUGUUGUAGCAAAAUGAUCCUGGCCACAAAAGAAAUCAUACCCUGAUCAAAGCAGGCUAUACUGGCAUUGCAUAUCUUUGCUGUUCAACAAUGGUGUCCUUCACCACAGUAUCUAAUCUAGAGAGCGGAGAACUGGUCUGUCACUUUUAAAAUUAGAUGCCUUUGAUCCGAGUUUGACUCACAGGCAGCAUUUGAGCUCUACAGCUAUUUGAGUCCCUAGAACUUAUUUGAUCAUAUUCAAAAGAUCAUUUCCCAUGCUUGCUUUGAUUUGGUCCUCAAUAAAUUAAAAUGAUCCACACUUUCACACUGCCACAUCUGACCUUCACUGCCAUCUUUAGAUGAUUCCUUUUGAUCAGCCCUUUGAAGAUGGGUCCCUCCUAAUCUAUGUCAUAGAAUUUUGAGUGCUGUAUGAGGCAAAUAUUGUCUUUGUCUUCUAUCUUCCACCACAUACCACUUCCUGAGAUUCGUUCCUGAGUUUUGGAAGCACUCAGGAUUUUCAUACUUAUUUCAUACUAACACCUAUCUAUAUUCAUUUCUGUAUAAUGAAACAGUACAGAACAAUAUCAGGAUUUUUGUUGUGGUUUGACAUUGCUGGUUUUGGGUUAAGAUAUUGAGUCUAGGCUCCAAUUACUCUCUAUCCUGUCUUUAGAGAGCUGUGAUUGAGUGUGCAAUUAUUUGGAAGAACAAAAUGUAAAUUAAGAUAGCUGUAGUGUUUAUGCCAGAAGUCUCUGGGGACAUCUACUGCUUGUGUCUCUUUGGUGCAAUAAUUAACUAGGAAGGAGGAGCUAAACUGGCAACCCUACAAUCUAAUGAUUCCUCUACCUGCUCACUAUUGCUUUCUGUUUGCAAAUUUUCUGAAAAGCGCUCUCUUUAAUCAGAUUAACUUCUCAAAUUGCUUAAUUCUCAUAGCUUCUUAAAACUAGGGUGGUUUUUUCAGGUAUCCAAAUAUAUGCUAUGACAGAGCAAAAUUGUGGCAUUCGUGACCCAUUUAAUUUGCUGAAAAAUUGUACCUGCUCUCCUGCCUGCUCUCCUUGGGUUUCAGUUUUAAAAACAUUUGUGGUCGAAAUGAUGAAUUUCUGAACUAUACACAUCCUUGUUCAGUUUUCUUUUGAUGACUAAGACUCAGUGCCAGGGAGAUGUAGGCCAUGUCACAGAACCGAGGCAGAGCAGUGCUUUGGGUAGGACAAACAGGAACACUAAAGAAGAAAAGUUCUAGAACAACCUUUUGCUAAAAAAAAAUUGCUUUAUGGUGAAAACUGUGGGAAGGGUUUUUUUUUUUUUUUUUUUUUAAUUUCAACAAAAGAAAAAGUGAACACCGUACCUAUCAUUCAGAAUGCAAGCUAACAUCAUCUCUGUAAGCAGAGAGAACCCGAGUCACCAAUGGUGGGAGCCCUUUACCUCUCAUGUUCCACUUUGAAAAGUUUGUAUUGAAAUUUGGUUCAUAUCUUGUGUAUUGGUGCAUAAAAGAAAAAAAUCAGUGUCUUUAUGUUUGAAGUUUAAAGGACAAAGGGCAUGCUCUCUCAGUUUGCUGUAAGAUUGUAUUCUGUAUAUAUGUUUCCAUGUACAUAAGGGAAAAUAUAUAUCAGAGUUAUAUUUUAAUUUUUAUUCUAAAUGGAAAAAACCCUUUUUACUUGAAAACAUGGGCGCCACAUUGCUAAUAAAGUAAAAAAUUCUA